AUGCUCAAAUCGAGGACACCACUGGCCACCCACUCCAGAACCCUACUACACACAACACUCGCCACAUUGUCGUCGCCACCCGGCCACAGAGAUCUUGGUAUUGGAGUUUGGGAAGGACCCACCGUUUUUACAUCUAGAAGGCCAGGAAGUGAACCUGAGACACCAAUAUCAAUCAGCAGCCAGUCGUCUGUCAACGACUCGCCGAUCACUGUAUCAUCCUCCUCCCCUUCACCAGCUGUCUAUCGCCCCAGAGCAGUACCCAGGUUCAACUCGCCUGCUGCCCGUUCGGCCUUUACACCCCCGCCGCUAAAUUCAUCCCCAGUCCCCAGAGGUGCUUCCAACCCAGCGAGACGAAUCCACCCGUUCUUUCUCCAAAAAAGAGGUGCCGCUCCAACGCCCACAAAACCGCGCUACGUACCCGACUACACAAGUACCGAAGCUGAGAGUGAAAGCAACGCUAGCGCUAGCCAAAGCUCUGUCUAUUCCACUGCUUCCAGCCAUCGCAGUACUAUUCACGAUCACAACAAUGCCGAUCUCGAGGAUCUGACUUUUGGCUUGCGCAAGAUGAGAGUAGACGCCCCCCCGAAGACGGAGACCACCACAAGGGUGACGAGGUCGCGCCGGGCAAGGAACCCGCUGGAGAAGGCGGGUAGCAUGCCGAACCAAAGCAGGGCAAUGUCCACUAUGCCUCUCAAAGGUCAAACGCCGCCUGCGGAAGCUGGGAUAGCUCCACCGCCUCCUGUUCAAACCCUUGUCCCCGUCUUCUCCCUUCCCGCCGACCCAGACCCCUCCCUGCCGCUCUUCACCUACAAAGACUCUUCUACCCCCUUCACCAUCAAAUACACCAAAUCCGCCGUGGAAGCCGAUGCCCUUGUCGAUACGCUCAAGGGCAAUAUCAUCGGCUUUGACAUGGAGUGGCCCAUAUGGGGCAAGAAGGCAUGGGACCCUGUUGAGAGGAGGUAUAACCCUCAGCAAGGCAAGACGGCGUUGGUUCAGCUUUGUGAUGAAGAGACUGUAAUUUUGAUCCACCUUCAAAACGGCAUGGACCUCCCCUCAAAAGUCGCUGCCCUCGUCCGAGAUCCCACCAAGUACAAACUCGGCGUACAAUGCAAGGGCGACGGCAUGAAGCUCGCCCGAGACUUUCCCCACCAUUUCCCAGCCGGCCAAGGCCCCACCUCUCUCUUUGAGCUUUCUUGGAUGGCCAAAGCGGUCGACUAUGGACGGAUUGGGGAGAGGAGAGGGCUGAUUGCGCUGGCGACGCUUACCAGGGGUUAUCUGGGGAAAGAGUUGGAUAAGAACACUAAUGUGAGAGCUGGUAAUUGGGCUGGGGAGCUGAAUGCCAAACAACGAGACUACGCCGCAAACGACGUUGUCGCUGCUAUCCACAUCUACAAUACGUUGAAGAAUCUCGCUCAAGAGAGGAAAAUCAACCUCCACCACGACCUAUACUGCUCCAACCUCAACUUCACCCAAGCUCCCGCCCAGUCUCUCGGCCCCACCCAAUCCCUCCCCGCCAACGCUUUCACCUCGCAAGCAUCUACUUCCGCUUCGAUGCAGUCAGGGCCAAAGACGAUCUCUAUGAAACCUGUCCCGAAGAAUGGAGCUAGUUUGGCUCCUACAGCGGCGCAGUUGGGUGGUGUGAAACCUCCUACGCCUGUAAGGAUGGCUGCUUUCAAUGCUUUUGUGGGGGGCAAGACGUGUGAGGUGAUUGCAAAGGAAAAGGGUGUCCAGCAAACAACCAUCGAGGGCUACAUUGUCGACGCUUUGAUCAUCCUCGGCGUGAACUCCAUACCACCCGAGCAUCUCGGCCGUAUCUGGAAAGAAUUUACACCGAAACCAUGGAUCUACAUAUCAAGGAGACCAAUGUACGACCAUCUGACGACCGUACUCGGCCCGCACCCCCAGGCUGAGGAAAUUGAGGAGGCGAGGAAAGAGAGAGAGCAGGAGGUGAAGAACCGGGAAGCGGAGAAGAGUGGGGCGAGUGUAGCGCCAGCUGCGCCUGCUCCUGCCCCUGCCACUGUGGCCGCUUCCACCCCUGCCCCUGUGACAGCUCCUACCACACGGCCUGUAGCCCCGGCCGUUCCCCCAAUCGCUCCUACCGGCCCCACUUCUAUCCAGAUCAUGCCCCCUUCUCCAAAGACCCGUGUCGACACCGCAAGUGCCAAUAACACUGCUCCGGCUCCGGCCCUUGCUCCCGCUCCCACACCCGCUCGGGUUUAUCCUUCCCCAAGGGUACCCUAUCCCACCGAGGCGCAGUUGGGAUUCAAACCCCCCACGCCCGCGUUGAUGGCCGCGCUCAACGACUUUAUGUCUGGGAAGGAUUGCUGGACUAUUGCAGAAGAGAAAGGGGUCCAGGAGAAGACUAUUGAGAGAUACAUCGUUGAUGCAGUGUGCAUCCUCGGUAUAGGCUAUGUUCAAAAAUCAGAUCUUGAACGACUCUGGACUGAAUUCCCUUCCGAGAUGUGGGCUUGGAGGCCGUACGGAGUCCUUUACGACGCCAUCACCGCUGUCCUCGGCCCACACCCCCAGCUCGGAGAGGUCGAAGCGGCGCGGAGGAGGAGGGACGAACGCGACGCGAGUGGGGAGACAGACAGGAUCAGGGAAAGGCGAGCUGCAGCGAAGGAAGAGAAAGCGUCGCAAGCAGCGUUAGAAAAGGAAGCAAAGGCGGAAGCAGGUAGGGCGAAGGGGCGGGAAGUUGCGAGGAAUAGGGCUAUUGCGCGGAACAGAGGUUCGAGCUACUCUGCGGGUUCGAGGAGGUACUCGUCGGGGUCGAGUGGGAGUUCGUCUUAUGGCCGAACCAGGCCUUACUCCUCUAGUAGCAGUAACUCGGGCCCAUUCAGCUGGAGAGGUGGGUAUAGAGGACGGAACAAUUACGGUCGAAGAUGGUAG